AUGUUUAAGAAAAGAGCUAUAAAAUGCGACCAAGCUUCAAGUAAGCGCCAAAAGUUUACUGAAGAUGAUGUAACUGAGACACCCGUAUGCUCAAAAAAUACACGCACCACUGAAUCUUUAGCGUACCAAGCUGGGCCGAGCUCAUUGCAAAACAAGAUUACAAAUAAUGACGAGAACCCCAAAAAAGACACAUUAAAGCGCUCGCGGUCUAUUUCGCCGCCGCAAGAAACGAGUAUUCCCUCCUCAAAACCUGAGGAUUUUGGACAGACUGAGGCCUCGCAUGAACAUCGCGCAAUGUCUCCGAUCGAACCUGCUUCAAAGUCUGUUGGGGCUAUUAGUGCGCUGGGGCCAGACAAAAAGCAUCCCAACCUACGAACUACCCUUUAUAUGGAUUACCAGCCUGAUAUCUGUAAAGACUACAAGCAAACAGGCUACUGUGGGUACGGUGAUAGCUGCAAAUUUCUACACGCAAGAGAUGAUUUCAAAUCUGGUUGGAAGCUCAACCAGGAUUGGAAGCUUGAGCCAACCGAGGAAGAGUCAAAAGAACUUGAGAAAAUUCCCUUCAAAUGUCUAAUUUGUAAAGGUGAUUAUAAAAAUCCAGUAAUGACUAAAUGCAAGCACUACUUUUGUAACUCAUGCUUCAUUGCCAGAACCAAAAAGACAACAAAAUGCGCUGUGUGCAACGAUGAUACAUACGGAGUAGCCAAAACUGCUAAGGGCCUCCAACAGAUACUGAAAAACCAAGGCGGUUGA